UCUCGCUGCUGCACAGAGAGUGUGCACAAGAGCUGCCACAGAUUUGAAGAAGCGUCUCGCAUCUGUUGAGGAUUACAAUCAGGAAACAAUUUCCUGGAGUUAUCGUUUUUAUAAAUUGGAUUAAGAAAGACAUCUGGAACCCCUGGGAUGUGUGGGUGGGGAGCAGUCUUGAAUGGAUGAUUAAGUACUCAAGGAUGACUGGAUAAGAGCUUCCAGCAGCGAUUGCUCCACAGCAGAUGAUUCUCAUGAGGUAUCUGGUCAAACGUUGACUCACUGCAGGUGUGAACUUCAGUUCCUCGUGAGGCCAUGAAGGAUUGGGAGCAAAGUUUAAGACACAGCUCUAGGAUUUUGACUCCAAUCUCUGGGGCACCUGCUCAUCACUGAAAUUGCUUUCCAUCCUCCAAGUUUACAACUUCAAAGCAUAGAGCAAUCUUCCACAGGGACAUAGUUUGUCUGUAUUCAAAACACAUUGGAAAAGGCUUAUAAUUAUGCCUUCACUCUCAUUAUCUCUGUUUCUUCUGCUGCACGACUGAGAGGUGAGGGAGAAGUGGAUCAGAGGGUGAGGAGCUUUUUUUCAUCAAGAUUAGAGAAGGUAGAAGAGGGAGAGAGGAAGGCAAAGGGGGGAGGGAGAGAUAAACAGACAGUUUGAGGCGGUAAACACGUCCCGUCCAGAGCCAGCUCUCCUCUAAACACAUCAGCCAUAAAUCAGCAUCUGUCUGUGGUGACUCUGAAACAGGAGGACAAACCGGAGCACAUAGAAAACACUGUGGUUGUCAGUCUGGAAACACUGGAGGAGAGAUAAACUGAAAAAGCUGAUUAUUAGUCAGAUUAAACUUCUCAAUUUUCCAGUAGAGACGAAAAACAAGAGCAAGCCACAGUCAUGGACGUCUCCCACAGCUUCUCUUGUCUUUGCAAGAUGAAACAGAAGCACAUGAGCAAAAGUAGCAGCAGCGCCUUCCAAACCAGAUCCACCUCCAGACCCCACCAGCCUCUCCUCCAUCCCAGGACCCUGCUCCUGCUGCCCUUGCUGCUCCUGCUCUGUCUCUCCCUGUGGAGCCAGCAGGCCGAGGCCCUGGUUCACUCCAGCUUCAGACGGCUCAGCGGCCGCGAAAAGAAGGAGAUGCAGAAGGAGAUCCUGUCCAUCUUGGGUCUGCCAGGGCGACCCAGACCCCACCCGCCACUGCGACCGCCCUCCUCUGCACCGCUCUUCAUGCUGGACCUGUACCAUGCCAUGUCGGCCGAUGGAGAGGAUGACGGGAAUGAAAUUAUUGUGAAUGGACCAGGCAUGGGGAAGUUUGGAGGGGCAGAAAGGUUGGCUCAGGUCAGCCAUGCCGUGCCGACCCUCAGCACACACACUCCACCGCUGGGCACGGUGGUCAGUGAGGCUGACACAGUGAUGAGCUUCGUCAACCUGGUGGAGCAGGAGCGUGACCUCCUGCAGCCUCGUCCGUACUGGAAGGAGUUUCGUUUCGAUCUGACGCCCCUCCCUCAGGGUGAGACGGUGACGGCAGCAGAGUUUCGAAUCUAUAAGACCCUGACGAUGGGCCAGAGGGCUAACCGAACACUGCACAUCUCCGUCUAUGAGAUCCAGAGAGAGAACAGACACAGAGAGCCAGAGCUGGUGCUGCUGGACAUGCAGUCGGUGCCUGCAGGACAGGAGGGCUGGCUGGCCUUUGACGUCACCUCAGCCUCCAACCACUGGCUCCUCCACCCCCGCAGCAACCUGGGCAUACGUCUCUAUGUGGAGACAGAGGAGGACCGCUCCCUGUCUGCAGGCUGGAUCGGGCUGGUGGGACGCCGGGGCCCUCGCUCCAAACAGCCCUUCAUGGUGACCUUCUUCAGGGAGAGUCAGGUGCCGUGUCGGCCGCCACGAGCUGUCAAGCCACAUCCCCGCAAGAAGAAACCUAAAUACGACCUCCCAGUCCCCAGCAUCCAUAAUCGAAGCCCUGCGAACAACGGAGGUCAGCCCUGUAAAAAACAUGAACUCUACGUCAGCUUCAGUGACCUGGGAUGGAAGGACUGGGUUCUGGCCCCCACCGGAUACUCAGCUUACUACUGUGACGGAGAGUGUUUUUAUCCUCUGGGCUCCUGCAUGAACGCCACUAACCACGCCCUCAUCCAGCAAGUGGUCCACCUCCUGAAACCUGACGAGGUUCCUAAGGCAUGCUGCGCCCCCACUAAGCUCAGCCCCAUCUCCGUCCUCUUCUAUGACGACAACAACAACGUCAUCCUCAAAAAACACCGUAACAUGGUGGUUAAGACCUGUGGGUGUCUAUGAGAAUCAGUAAGGUUCCAGUUGGACCCUGAAGAGUCCAAAGCCAAUCAAAAAUGUACAUGGAUGAUUUUUUUUCCACCCCAACAGUCAUGAACUCUGCAGAAACCUUUAACGCUGGCUAACAGGUUGAUUGACAAAGGUAGCAGAAAUCUAAUUUAACAGGUUUGUGAUUAUGUGUCAAAGUUCUGAUUUAGGAGUUAAUUGCAGUAUUUUCUGGGUCUUUGGUAUCUAUAUCCAAAUUUGCAAACUUUUCCCCAAACUGGGAAACAACCUUUUUAUGCCUUUCUUAACAGCAAAUUAAUUCAGAUAUCUCCAUAGACAGGUUUAAAUGGCAGAUUACUCAGCAGUACAUACCUUUAGAGAUGCCUGUUUUAUUUUUAACAAGAAAGAAAUUAAAUGAAAGCACUAUUAUUGUUGCAACACAAAGGCUAUA